AUGAGACAGGCGUCCGCCAUCUUGACCUUCGUGUCGCUAGAGAUUGCUGAUGGACUUCACCCCAUCAAGCACAGCGAGGUUGCGGCGCUUCCGGUCGGCGUGACCGGUAAAGUGGUUCGGGCGUGGGUGCGUGAUUUUGUCAACGGCAAGAGGUUCAAGGUUCGCGUGCGGGACUACGCUGCUCGCAACCUGCUCUCGGUAAUCAACGACGAGGACUUUCGCGAAGAGUCGCGCGAGUGGCUGGACGCCAAGAUAUACGGCCGCAAGGAGGGGGAGCCGCAGCUACGUGUUCGGGACUUCCAGAAGCAUCUCAACGACACCGCGCUCAAGCCUUACAUGGAAGAGGGUGCGCGGGGAAAUUGCCUCGACACGGUGCACAGAUGGCUGCAGGACUUGGGCUUCCGUUGGCGGCGACACCGAAAGUGUGUCUACGCAGACGGUCACAACCGCCCCGACAACAUCAGGAGGAGGAUGGGUUACGUGACGGAGAUGCAGGAGCACCAGAAGCGUACAGUCAAGUGCGUAUUGAAUUUGUGGUGUGAUUGGGUCUGCAAUGUUUCCGAUUUCGUGUAAGGUUUCCACCGUGGAACCGACAACUUACUUUUUUUUCAAGUUUAGAUGUCGUUCAAGUUUGAGCAUUUACGCGAACAUACAACCUUGCGCAGGGACCUCUUGUUUAAUCUCUCGUCCCGCCACCUUGACCUGCAGGCUCGCAAAGAUCGGUGAGGGCC